UAAUCCACGGUGGGGAUUGUACUGUUUCUAGUUUCUACUUUUUUGUAAGUUUGUAGGUACGGUAUUACUUACUGGAAUUUUGCUGAAUUGCACUUCGAAUUGUGCCACGCGAAUGCUUGCUGUGGCAUGUGUUUCUGUUUUAACUUCUGUUUAAACAGGAGAAAAAUUUAAUGUGAAUUUAUUACUUGAACAUCAUCGAGCCAAAUGCGCGUUGACUGGAAAUCUGUUGGGAUUUUAAUUGGCUAAAAGAACUUCGUGUUUUCGAAUUCGUAUGAAGAGUGAGAUCUUGUGCGCGGCGAUGUGACAUUUGCUUUACAUUGAACGAACAUUCGUAUGCAUUUUGAUUUAACUACUUGGGUGGACUUCGAGAUGUUCUCUGCUAUUUGUUCACUAUGUUCAAACUAGAAUCCUUCGUCACUCCGUUGUUGGCAAACUAUCUUAACAAGUACAUCAAAGAUCUGAAAGCCGAUGAUCUGCAGUUGUCAUUAUGGAAAGGCGAAGCCGUGCUGAACAAAUUGGACUUGCGUUUGGAUGCAAUCGAGCACGAUCUCGGGCUACCGAUAACCUUCGUCAGCGGGAAUAUACAGGAAUUGCGCAUCAAAGUGCCAUGGACGCGUCUGACCGCGGAACGCGUGGUCAUCGCCGUCAACACCAUGGAAUGCGUCAUCAAACUGCGCACGACGGCCAGGACGGAGGAUUCCGUCGAAAAGGACAGAGCACGCACUGAGAAGAAAGCGCCCGAUGGAGAUGCAAACGUUGCACCACCUCCUCCAGGAUAUAUGGAGUCUUUAACAACACGUGUUCUCAAUAAUGUUCACAUUCACUUCACCAAUCUGAUCCUUCGGUAUGUGGAUGAGGAUUUCACACUGAACAUUCUAGUCAAAAGCGCCAACUAUUUCACUGUAAACAAUAAAUGGGAGAAAGCCUUCGUGGAAGUGGCGCAGCCGGAUUUAUCUCUCCGUCGCAUCCUGGUGUUCCAGGAUUUGCAUAUUAGCCUGAACGAUGGACGCAACCCGGAAAGUCAGCCGCUAGUGGAGCGGGCCUUUGUGACGUGUCGUUUUCUGACCAAAUUCGACAGUCCCGAUUGUCGGGUGGCUUUGAGCUCGGUGAUGAGUGCUUUAUGUGAUGAGUGUCAUAUCAGUCUGUUGGACGCACAAGUGCCUAUGAUAAGGCGGCUGGUGGAUCUCGCAGUGGCAUUUCAGGCUGGCUUACUGGAAGGGCAGGCGAAAUCCGAGAAAGAAGACCCGGUCGACGAGGAGAAUGUUUUUGUAAAUGCUUUGACCCGAUUAACGGAUGAUUCGGCCCCCUCCGUGACUCGGAAUGGCGGUAGUUCCAGUUGGACGUCGUGGGCGUUGUCUUUCAUUCCCUCUUCCCCUUCUAGUGAUCACGUGGAGGAUGUUGAUCUGGAAGCGGGUAUUGUACCACCGAAAAGUCCGCUUCCUACCCUGGCCAAGGCCACAACAGUUGCGCUGUAUGGCCGCAAACUGAGCAUCAGCUUUGCGAUGGCGAUUCCUGGCAGGAAUUCGGGGCGCAGUGGUCGUCGAUCAGUUAUGCGACUAGAGAUCGAAAAUGCGUUUCUCUACAGCAAAUCACGACAAGCGAAAUUUUCGAAUUUUCGUUUGGGCAUUGAAAACUGUCGAAUAGUUGCCCUAAAUGAAUGCCCUUGUGGGCGAAACAAUCCAUCCGAGAAUGUCUUGGGACAGCCGAUACUAACUUUCUCAAAUUUCGAAAACCCUCCUUCGGAUCGGUUAAAUUUUUUGGCGGGCUCGUUAUUUGGGACAAACGAUGAUGAAAAAGAGAUUACGGAUCAUAACGCUCCUUUUGAUACUUUCGACAGCUACAUGGCUUAUAACACCGAAGCGGUGUUGUUAAGAUCUUUUGGGACCAUAGUGGUGGAUUCGGUAUCUGUUAUUGAGCCACCGGCAGAUAUGGUUGAGAACUUACCGACAAUCACUCCUCUGGAAUUGGAGUACAGCAACUGGAAACAAAAUGCGAUGCUUCGUGUUCUAGUGUCGCCACCGUUAUUGACCCUCGGCAGCUCCGCAUUGCAUCGAAUAUUGUACUUUUAUCGAUGGUUUUGCAAUUAUAGACCGGCUAACUACGUAGAACAAACAGAUUCACCCAACAGAUCCCCAUUGGCUGCCCUUGACGAGCACCGCCAAUUGCUGACUUACAUUCCAAUGAAGUCCUGGAUUAUUGUGAUAUUAAGACCCGCAGCGGUGCUUUUGCCACCCAGUCAUCCUCCUUUACCAAGCGGACUACGGUUCCCGUUUUCGUACAGUUCCAGGGACAUUACAGAAGCUUUGGAGAAAGACACGCCAGCGGUUCUUAUUCAAGCCGAUCGUUUUGAAUAUCACCAGACUUCUCCCAUUUAUUUCAACAGAAUCUUGGAUGUCGCCGUUACUGCGCAAGGCCUUCUCGGCGAUACUUUGCGCCAUCGGUGCUACAUCGAUUGUUCAGCAGUUUUUUCUUCGUUGGAAUUGGCAUUGGUCAUGUUUAGAACACAGGAUGCUCCCACGUUUCGUGACAUUCGCACGCUGGUGCUGCCGGCAAAUGUACACUAUUCCGCAAAACGUCCAGUAGUAAAAACAGUUUGCGACCGAUUAUGGGGGCCUCAGAAUCACACCGAACUCACUUGUAAAUCGAUGGAACUGGGCGCAAGUUUGUCUGAGUUGUUAUUAGGUCAUUUAUGCCUUUUGGGAUUGUGGAAAGACUGUGGCAUGUUCCUGUCCAAUGGCAUCCUGGAAAUUAUUAUUCAGAAUACGUUCAACAUCUCGUACGCGUCAGAGAAUGUAUUGCGAAUCGAUAUCAAGUGUGGACAUGUGGUGCUCAGCAUAGCAGAAACUAAUUCGGGUGUUUCCCAGUCAGGGAAAAUUGGAUCCUUGGAAGUAUCGACGAUUGUUGGAGACGGAAGGGGUUCAGUUUCUCCGUUUUUGCGUGACCGAGCUUUUGGACUGGCUGAAUUCGGUUCGGGUACGGUUAAUCAAGAUGGAAGGAUGCGGCUUUCGGCGUAUAACAUUACCUUGGAGAAAGGAAGCAGUCUUUCCCGUACCGAGUGUAUUUAUAUGCUACGAAUGCCGUCGCCUACGAAAUUCACGGUUUAUUCUAACUUUGUUCGACCGUUAGUGGAUAAUUUGAAUCUCGGUAUUGACUACAUACAGCAGUUAAACUAUGCUGACAUUUUACGUUCCGCUACGGUCAACUCGAAUGACGAAUCCGGUGAAAGCAACCUUUUACCGACUCGUUUCGAAAUUCAGCAUGAAAAAAUAUCGAUAGACGUCUUGGAUGCCGAAUGGGAAUAUCUGUCCGCCAGUGUCCAUUCUGGCAGGUUUGUUGCGCAGUCGCAUCAUCCGAAUACAUCCUGGAGCAAAUACGACACACGUGCUCUGCUGCUGUAUUUGGGUCGAUCCAGUCGCGAUCCGAUACUCGGACCGGUGUCAGGAUCGGUCAUGUUCCAGUCUUUUGGUGUGAAAGAAUCCACGGUCAGUUUCUUAACCGCAGAUGUUAGCUUGGUACCGUUACGUGUUGGACCCUUAACGAUUCCAACCGCGGUAAAGGUGUGGCAUGGAAUCCAGGAACAUACUAAGAUACUGCUUAGUAAAUUUCAUUCUUCGCCAGUGGCGAAUGGCGUCCGCCAUAAGGAAUUGCAAACCCUGAGAUUUGUCGUUAGUCAGGAUGAUCUGCGCACCCAAAAGUGGAUGUACCGUGAAAUGGCAGAUGGAGAGAAUGAUCCAAUUCCUGAUGUGCAGCAGAUCUGUUUCUGCGAAACGCCUACCAAACAGACGAUGGCCUGGAGAUACGGGGAAUUACGCACAAUAUCAAGUGUAGCCAUCAUUCCCAUUCCUUUCCAAGUGUCACAGCUCAUCAGAGAGUCAAGUCAUGAAAUUAUUUGUACCUUGCAAUAUUUCAAGCGCCCUGUAAAUAAAUUUGUUGGUCUGCGGAGCUUUACGCUGAUGGAAAGCAAGGAGUGUAUUUUCCAGUUUCCGGAUUUGGUUCCUGAAGAUUUCGAUCGACUGCCGAUUUCAGAUGUUUGGCGAGUCGAAGUCUCUAUUGGAAUUCAAGGCGAUCAGCUGAUUCACAUGGAAUCUGGAUUUCUCAUGUCUGUAAAGUCUUUGGCCGGUUGCAUGAAGAUUAAUUCAGCUGCAAUUUUGGGAGUUCCGAAGGCUGUGCACGCAAGUUUAAACGUUGGAGUGGCGUCCAUGGCAUUGAUCCAUCAUGUUCCCGUUUUGCCGCGAACCCCGGGUCACAGCUUAAUAAGCGGAUAUACAUAUGACUCUUCUUAUCCGUCGGAUCAAGAGUUUUCCCGAAUAAAGUUGGAUAAAGUAGUACUUCAUGGGCGUUGUGUGGGAGAGGAGAGCCGUGCGAAAUUUCAUCUUGAGAGCAAUUUUUGGGUCGCAAUAGAUUUCGCCAACUAUCGUUUCCUCACUUUACAACCUCUGCUGGAGUCCUGCUGUUUUUCGUCAUCCGUGUCGUAUACAAUGGAUGACAAAAUGUAUAUGCAAGUCAAAAUCGAUUCCAAAACACCUCUGGUUAUUCACUGUGGCCAAAAUGUUUUGCACACCUUCAGCAUGGCCAAAAUCGGCUGGCACAUGGCGCAAACGGGAAAUUAUCAGUCUUUGCCAGUUAUGAAUCACCUCAUGAUCUGCAACGACACCUGUCAUGUGGUACGUGUUCGACAGUACAAAACGGAUGAAUGUAUCUACAUAAAACCGAAAGAAAUGCAUCCUUAUUCAUGGCGCAGUCAGCGAAUUGAGCAGAAGUUACAGUUCAGCGUCGAACCGUAUCCCAAUCUAUGGAGCGAACCACAUAACUCGGAGGUAUCCUGCCAGCUGUGUUCCUUUCCGGGCGUGGAUGAUUUCGAACUUGGAUUGGUUUGCAAUAUCCGCGCUUUAAAUAAUAUUCAAAAGCAGAUAGUUUUGGGCACUCAGCUGAUGCUCAACAACCAGCUGGAUCACGACGUGGAAGUGCAGCUGUUUGUCGAACCGGACUAUGUGAUUAAUCCCGUUGUGGAUUCGCCGCAAGAAAUCAUGCUGUUGCCGGCCCGCAGCUACUCUUCCACUCGAUGUGUUCCUGUUAUUAAAAUUAAACGGUGUCGGGUACGUUUCUGUGGGUCGGCGUGGUCGGACUUAAUCCAAAUUGCUAGCAGCACUGAUCCCCAUGUUGUCGCGAUACCAUGUAUGGACGGAGGGUGCUUAGAUGUAUGGUCCACACUGGUUGUGCCUUUGGCUCCGUCCGGCAGCCGUUGGUUGGUCCUGUCACCGUUGCUCCGCGGUUGCUGCCACCUGCCUUAUCCUUUUAAGAUGGAGUUCGAACAUGAGAGUGGCGCACGUUUCGAGUUCGCGUUGACACCCGAUGUGGAUUGUUAUUUACCAGUGCGAUAUAGCACGGUGGACUAUCAAGUCCGAUGCCGAAAAGAGAACUUUCCGCCACAAACGUUUCAGUUGAAUUUGGAAAAAACUCUGCAGCAGUUACCAGUGCGACUGCGGACGGUGGACAGUGCGAUGAAAAUAGAAAGUAACGAUGACAGCCCCAUCGGCGGCGGAUCUAAUAAAUCACAGUUGGCAGCAGACAACGAAUGUGCUAUCGCGACAUCCAGCUUUCUCGUGCUUCUGCGCCGGGAAUUGCCUUAUGCCAAUACAUUGCGGUUUAGCAUAAUACCGAACGGUGUUUGCCUUCGGAAUGAAUAUGAUGACGAUCUGGUGAUUUGUGGCGUUGAUGACGAAGUGCUGGUUUCUAUUCCUAGAAAGGAUGCUGCAGUUUUGCCGGUGUAUAAGGGGCAGUUGCGCUUGGGCGUACAGAGUGAAGAGACAAUUUAUUUAUCCGAAUAUUUUGGAGUGAAGCCUUCGCAAACGGCCCGACAGAAUGCGUUGGACUGCACGAGCAUGGCAAUACUCCUUUGUGAAGGUUACAUGAACAUUACGUUCUGGGAAAAACGGGAUGGGCAGUACUUGAUUCAUCAUUUGACACUGUCCUUGAAAGACGAAAAUAUGGUCAAAGUGUUGACUAUCCGUAGUCGAUACGUGGCGGUCAGGACAACCUCUGAUGCAGACGACGUCCUGCUUUCGGCAUUUAUUGUCCCAAAAGUCCAUACAAAAUUAAACUAUAUGGAUGAACUGAGAAAAAUUCCUUCAGACAAGCUGACCAGUCGCAUUUUUCCCCUAUCACCAUUCGUCUACGUCUCUCCACCUAACCACCCGGUAGAUGUUGAUCCAAAUCGCGUGCCACACUUGGCAAUGUUUGUCUGUGUGGCAGCGGAAACACCAAAUGAACUGAAGUGGAGUUAUCCUCGGGAAAUCCGAGAAGGGAAAAACAGUCGAUCAUCUGUGGUCACAAUUGUCGCGCCAGGACUGAGCAAUACGAAUGGGUUUUGUUUUAAAGCUUCGGUUAUGGAGGACCAUGGCAUCUGCUAUAUUGCUUUCGAAAGGCUGAGUUUGCCUAGCCUCAUAUUAUGUAAUAAUUGCACAUACCCUUUAUCUUUUGGCGAGUGCACCAAAAAGGCAGCAGGCAUCGUGACGUUUGAAGAGGCAGAACUGUUUCUACCGCUCCCGAGUGUAGGAGCUGGCGAAAUGGCAUGGUAUGCUCUGCCGAGUCGUGAUGAAAUGUUCCCUGCGGUUUCAACGACGGGAAUCAAUUACCGCUUUCGCAUUGGUCGAGUAGUACGAACCGGAGCAAGUAACAAUGUGGCUGUGUGGAGUUCCACCUCGGUUGACCCAUUUUCCUCUUCCAACGACUCUUUUAUUUCCAUUCCCGGAAUAUGCUACUUGAAAUUGCAUUUUGACCGCCAAAACCGUCACACCGUGCGAAUCACCAUUGAUCCAUUGAGUCGAGUGGGCACUCCAAUCUUGCUGCCAGGCAAUGCAUCUCCCGCGCUUCCUCUUCCGGAUGUGCCUCCUUCGCCAUCAUCUCAUUUCUCCUUCGACAUGUCUAAUGCAGUUCCAUCUUCAGCCGUGAAUAUUGGUGUGUCCUGUGUGUUGAAAGGCAUUGUCAUUACCCUGGACGAUGAAAUCUCCAAAACCGACGCGGUAGCCGAAGUGCUGAGGCUGUCGCUUGAUGAUCUCUCGGUGCAGUUUUACUGUGACGGUGAUAAAGCGAAAACUUACGAAUGUGCUAUAAAUAUAAGCGAUCUGCAACUGGACAAUCAGUUGUACGACUCGGGGUUUUUCGAUUUCCCGGUAAUUUUAGCCAAGGAGGCGCCUAAAAGGAACGUCCAGAGUGCAGUGAAUUUGCUUUGUAAACUGAAUCCGACAACAUUUCAUCCGGAGAAUAUACAUAUUUCUUUGGCGCCGAUGGCGUGUUUUGUGGAAGAUUGCCUGGCUUUUCAUUUGUUGCGUUUAGUGGAUACGUUUUUAGCCCCGGCCCUCCUGGUAUCGGAAGCGAAGGCCAAACCGCUUGUUCCGCGCAGUCCAGCUAGUGUAACCAUGGAGCGUAUCCACAUUGCCCCGUUGGAAGUGUAUCUAUCCAUACACGCCGCACUCAAGAUCUUUGUAGCAUUAGACAAAACACCGCUGUCCUUUGGAGAGAUCGAAUGCUACGACCUAAACUCCACUGUGGACGAAAUUUGGCGAUUCGUUAGUGCGCACUAUGUCAAAGAGACAUUGUUAAGCGCUGGUUGGGUUAUCGGUUCCAUGGAUAUUCUGGGCAAUCCCGCCAACCUUCUGCGUUCUUUGACGUCCGGAUGCAACGAUCUCUUUGUCCGUCCUUUCAGUUCACUCCACGCCGGACCAGUUUCAUUCCUGCAGGGUAUAGCGGAAGGCGCCUCCGCUUUUCUCACGUCCAUUUCCGCUGGCACAAUCUCAUCGGUGACCAACCUGGCCGAAAGUGUUUCGCGAAAUCUUGACCAGAUCUCGUUGGAUCAGGAGCAUAUUAUGCGACAAAUGGAGGUGAAAUAUCGGCAGCGCCCGGAGGGAUUAGCAAGUGGAUUACAGCAGGGUUUGGUGGGAUUUGGCAUGGGCCUGUUGGGGGCGGUGGCGGGUUUGGUAGAUCAGCCGAUGCAGGCCAUGAUGCGGCCGAAGAUGACAUCAGCCCAGUUUAUCACGGCCUUGAUGUUGGGCGUCACGAAAGGCGUUGUGGGAGCGGUAUCUAAGCCGAUCGCUGGCGCGGCAGGAUUGGUAUCGAAAACCGGACAGGGAAUUCUGCGCGGACAGGGAUUGUUGAAUUUUCCACCGAGGCGCUGUGUGGCCGCUCCGAAAUACGCGAUUGGAUUUGUGGAGUCAACGCUGAAGUAUAUUUGGAAAGUGGCGCCGCUUCUUCCAAAUACCGUACAUACGCUAUGUGUUGUCGAAGCUCUGCCGGUGAUGAAAACGCUGGAUAAGGAAGCCAACGAGCCCAUGUGUUUGUUUCUGACCGAUAGUGCGUUGUUUGUCAUCAGUUCAGCGGAUGAUGAGUUCCGGCAAGCUUAUGCCCUGGCCAAACUGAAUAUUCGCGUCAGCACACCAUCUGAUGCACUGUCGCACACCAAUCGAGAUCUGAUGCAGGUAACCCUGCUGAUAGAAACCCGUGAGGCGGACGAAGAAAUGGAGGAAGAGAACGUCAGCGUGAAUGAUGGAAAGGUCACACAUUUUGUUAAAGAAAGCUAUUUGCUGGAAUGGAAAGAUGCGAGGUUAUUUGAAGAGCUGUUUUUGGUGGCAAAGAGCAGCUCGUAAACAGUCGUUUUGUAUCGUUGUGAACCCUUCUUUUUAUUUUUGUAAAUUUAAUUUAUUGAUUGUGCAGAGAUGCGUAGACCAGUUCGCCUAUUGUGAUAGAUUGAGUGUAAUAUCCUGUAAAGUUUGUGGACUUCGGAUUUUUUUUAUAGUUAUAGUUUAUGAUCUUUUAAGCUUCGAAAGAUGUGAAUGAAAAUAAAAUGUGGCAA